GAGCUAGACUGCCCGCUCCGCGCAGCCAUGGGAGGACUUCGAAAGGGACGAAGAGGAUACGUUCCUCAGGAGAGUGGGGGAAGCCGGAGAAACUGUGAGGGGCAACCUUUAACAUCGCGCGCCGUCAUUCUCGGUAGCAAUUCAAACUCGUGUCGAACUCGUUCGGAACUCGAACGAGAUUCGUUUUGUAAUUUACACGCGAAAAUCUCUCGUUCGAUUGUACGCUACGCGCUUUCCAGGUUUGUUGCUCGUAAAGCAUCGAUCUCGGCGAUCUUUCCCCUCGCGAGGUUCGUCUAAUUUUAGAAACUCCUCGAGCAUCCUUCGAUCAUUUUCUUCGUCGAUUCUUUCCUCCCUUCUUCUCCGUACUUAUCCCCGCUCCGUUUCUGCCGGCUACUCCCACCCUGGCGCCGACGUCCACGCACCACGUACCUAGCUCGUGGCACUGCCGAGGGAAGUUAGCGCGAAAAGAGGACGAAAGAUCAGUCCGACAUCACGCUCGCUGGAGAGACGAGCCCUUGCACGAAUUACCAAUCGACGUACGCGAAGCCUCGACGUUGUUAAAUUACGCGCGUCGUGUACAUGAAAGCACGUACACAGGCGCGGUAUAGAUUUUCCUCCUCACGCGUGCGAACGCGUACUUAGGCGUACGGAUUCGCGCAAGGGCGCGCCGAGCACCGUCGAGUCCUCGGGUGGACGCAGCUCCGCCGCAGUGAAUUUCAAAUAAGCGCAAGGGAAACCGCGCGUACGGCUAGACGCCAUAUAUCCGUACACAUCCGCUUGCACCUCGCUUCGACGCUCCGCCGCAGACGCAGAACCGACUCACGGGUGCGACUUCGCGUCGGAAAUGUCGCGCAGCACGACGCUGGGUCUCGGUGUGCCGGUGCACGGGGGCAGAAUUCAGAGAACGCCAAUGCGCCCGAUGAUAGCCGAAUACGAGCCAAAGAAGCAAGGUGUGAAAACAGAACUUUCAGACGUGAUGCUUGUCAAAUACAAGUGCGAGAAAAAUGACGUGCCUAUUACGGUCACGAAUGGCUCGACCUUACCGCUUGUGGAGCGACCUACCGACGAGGAAGCCGCCCUUUACGACCCGUUCGAGCACCGCAAGCUCGCCCAUCCUACCUCGGACCUCGACACGCUCAUACAUUUGCUCAAGGGUAGCCUGGGCACGGGUAUACUGGCGAUGCCGAUGGCCUUCCGCAACGCCGGUCUCGCCUUCGGCCUUUUCGCCACUUUCUUCAUCGGCGCGGUCUGCACCUACUGCGUCCACAUCUUGGUCAAGUCCGCCCACCUUCUCUGCAGACGAUCGCAGACGCCUAGCUUGGGUUUCGCCGAUGUAGCCGAGGCGGCCUUCAUGGUGGGGCCCGAGCCAGUUCAGAAGUACGCCAGACUCGCCAAGGCGACAAUUAAUUGUUUCCUGGUGAUCGAUCUGAUCGGUUGCUGCUGCGUGUACAUUGUCUUCAUCUCGAGUAAUCUCAAGGAGGUCGUGGACUAUCACACGGAAACCGACCAGGAUCUGCGAUUGUACAUGGUCGCGUUGUUACCGCUAUUGAUCAUCUUCUCGCUCGUGAGGAAUCUCAAGUACCUCGCGCCGUUCUCAAUGGUAGCGAAUAUUUUGAUCGCCGUCGGUAUGGGCAUUACCUUUUAUUACAUCUUUCACGAUCUACCCACCAUCAGCGACGUGCCAAACUUUUCAAGCUGGUCUCAACUGCCCCUCUUCUUUGGCACUGCCAUCUUCGCUCUCGAGGGCAUCGGUGUCGUGAUGCCACUGGAGAACAACAUGAAGACCCCGACGCACUUCAUCGGCUGCCCAGGUGUCCUGAAUACGGGCAUGUUUUUCGUCGUGUUGUUGUACAGCACUGUUGGCUUCUUCGGCUACUGGAAAUACGGUGAGAGCACGAAGGCUUCCAUAACGCUCAAUCCCCCGCAGGACGAGACGCUGGCGCAGUCCGCUAAGGUCAUGAUCGCCAUCGCAAUCUUCCUUACUUAUGGACUCCAGUUCUACGUGCCCAUGGAGAUUAUCUGGAAGAACCUCAAGAUGUACUUCGGCUCCCGGCGAUUACUCGGCGAGUACUGCCUCCGUAUCUUGUUAGUAAUCUUCACCGUCAGCGUGGCGGUCGCAAUCCCCAAUCUGGGCCCGUUCAUCUCUCUCGUCGGAGCCGUGUGCUUGUCAACCCUGGGCCUCAUGUUCCCGUCGGUCAUCGAGCUGGUAACUGUCUGGGAGCAAGAGGACGGCCUCGGCAAGUGGAACUGGCGGCUGUGGAAGAACAUCGCUAUCAUCGCCUUCGGCAUGUUGGGCUUCGUUACCGGCACGUAUGUCAGCAUACAGGAGAUCUCGCAAGGCUAUUGAGGCGUCGGACUCGACGCGAGAUGCGGCCCACGGCGGCCGCUCGCGAAUACCACUCGUCGUCCGACCAGUUCCUCGGAUGACGAGUAUCGACGGAACGUCAACGCGCUGGACGGAUUCCUCUUGCGUGGAAUCGAUCGCGAUGGCUCGAAAACGAGCGCGGCGGCAAGCGCGACGACGAAUGCGUGACGAUCGGACGAAGUGACGCCUCGGCAGACGGACCUCGAGGUCCAGGCUCGCCCUCGAGUUUUCGGGUCUUGCACCUUUUCUGUCGGUAGCAAAACGACUGCGACUGCGACAAUGACAAUGACAACAACGAAGACACCCAUAAGAGUCUUCGCGCGACCGAGUUCUCAUUUAUCAUUUUUUAAUGAUAGGUAGAUUAGUAUUACGCGCAUCGUGUACAGUCGAGGCAUGAGUGCGUACGGUCGAUCGAAAAAAUUCAACAAGUCAUUUCUCAUAUUGCGUAUCUUAAUAAUUUAUCAUCAUUCUCGCACGAAUGACCUCGCAGGAUCAGCAUUAUUUAUAGCAAAAUAGAGUAUUAUAUUACGUUGGUGCAAAAAGUGUCGUGUCUAUCAAACAAAGUUGAAAAUAGUAUUACAUAAUUGAGAGAAAAAGAGAAAAAAUUUUAACUAGUCUUCAAUUGACUUUUCAUAGAAUAGAAGACAUUUGCCGAUUUAUAUUUCUCUGAAAAAUUCUAGAUUUGAAAUUCUAUUUAAAGCAAAAUUUAAUAAAAGAUAUAUAUCGUUUUGAUCACUGUUUGGCACCAAUUUAAUACUCUUAACUAUGAACAGGAUCUUUUAGGAGUAGAAUCUUGAAUCGCUUUGUAUUUGACGCAAUUUUAGCGUUUUACUUCAUAAUUAUUAUAUAUUUUAAUAGAAUCAGAAUGUGUGAACUCAUCAUCAUACUGGUCUCCAGGGUAGAGAUUCAGUUAGCACAUUAAUGACGAAUAUAAUAUUUACAUCAUUUUCUUCUUUUCAUUGUUUGUUAUGUCGACUGUACGCACGCAAUCUUUUUGCAAUCUUGACAACUGCAGGACGGUUUUUUAGAAUAGCAUAAAUAGCGAUAUUUUCUAGUUGUACACACCUAACUUUGUACGCCUAUAUAUAUAUAGAUAUAUAUAUACAUAUGUAUAUGUGUAUAUAAAAUACACGAAUAUCAUGUUUUGUUAUCGUAAACCAUAUGGCUCGAUUAUUAGAUACGUUCAGAUUAUCAUUAGGGAUUGUAGACUCAGACACAAACGUAUGUUCAUGCGGGCCAUAUGACAACACGAAUUUCCAUCAAGCGGAGAGAUUCCAUACAUGUGCAAAUAUAAUUCUGUGCAAAGUAUUAGUGCGGCUUGUCGAUGCCGAUGCCUGUCGAGCAAAGUCAUCACUUCAUUUUCAAAACUCUAGGAAGCUGAUCGGUACACUUCACCUAGCCGUUGCGAACUAUUACGGUCAGCGAGCAAGCCGAGCUGUCUGAAACUAUAAGACGAGAUCUGCUACGCUCUGCGGGAGAAACAAACCGAUUGAGCGUCACACUGGUUUUCCUUGACUAUCGCAUCGUUAUCCAAAUGGUAUCAGAGGGACUCGGUUGUUCUCGCGAAUGCCAAACACGAAUGCUUGCAAAGUAAUAUCGAUGUGAUGAACGGUCGACGUAAUUGCGUCGCAAAUCGCUGAUCUGUUCCUAGUGCAUGAUGCACGAAAUCGUACAAAGAAGAUUAAUUCAUUAAGAGUAGUAGGUAGGAGGAUGCGUAGAUGUAAUAAUGUCGUGAUGCACAUUUGCUAGUCUGUAAGUAAGAACGCGGGACUCCAUCGCGCACAGCGUUUCGUCAGCAUGCGAAGUAACGACAUCGACUGAUCUUGUCGUCGCGAGAACGGAAGAUGUCCAUUUAAUCCUCAACAUCAACCGAUGGAAAAAUAGUAACCGGAAAUAGAAGAGAUGAGUAUUUAGGUAUUUUUAUCGCCACGUAUCGUCCAUCGGCAGAGAAAAGAAUAAAUAAAAAAAAUUAAUAAAACUUGCCAAAAUUAUUUCGUAACUCGAGUAGAGAGUAAAGAUUAAGAUCCUAUUAUUAUUGAAAGCGAAGCUCACACAAAAUACGAAACUGUUGAUCCAUCUCGAUGAUUAACUUGUAUGCUAUGUGUUCGAUAAUUAGCAAUAAUCUCGAUUUGUACGUCUUCGGAAAAGUGGAUCUUUGUAGGAUUACGCAAAUGAAAAGACUGCAAACAGCUUUUCUAUGAAAGAUUAUAUAUAUGUAUAUGUAUGUGUGUAUAUAUAUAUAUAUAUGUAUAUUUAUUUAUUGCAGUUUUCGCAAUUUUCAGAUAUGUCUCUUUUAAACGCAGUAUUAAAGAAAGGCUCGCAAUUUAUCUGUCCACAGAUCAGUUUUAUACACCAUCGAAUAAUCAAAAUUUACCUAAUAUCGGGACUAUUAUAGUGAAAAACCAUUAAUGUCUUGACAAUAAACCAGCGCGAGGUAUCUUCUUCGAAAUGCAACUCAUCGAGUCCUAUUUUCGGAAGAAUAUAUAUACUUUAUAUAAAAAUAUAUAAGAACAUUGACAGACUUCUACAGUUGUUCAAGAAAAAUAGAUAUGAAGAAAAAGAGAAAAGAAUAGAGAGACAAAUAUAUUAGACCGGAUGUGCCUUUAUUUCUGGACUUCUAUUUGUAAAGUAGAAAAAAAGAAAAAACUAUGUAUAUACAACGCGCGAUGUAUAAGCUAUUAUAUCACCAUAUAACUUUCGUAGUAUUCGUUUUGUGAUUUACGGCUGAUGAAAACAAGAAAACGGAAUAAAAUCUCGUUGGGGCAAGAAUUAACAACACACGAGAAUUAUUGUCGCUCUUCCUGUUGUUGAAAGCAAUACAAAUGUACAUGCCGUUAGACCGUGUGCAUUCGUGGUUUUUACCUUUUAUGCAUACAUACGUACGUACGUGUACAUACCUACAUAUAUAUAUAUACUGCAUCAUUUUCUACUAACAAUGUAAAUUUACCACGUGCAAAACUUUGUUAAAUAAAUCAGCAAAGCAGAGUAUGC